UUGGAGGGAGGAUGGAGGGGGACUUCACUGGGAAAGAUGUUUACGGGAAGCAUUUUGCUCCAAAAGAUUAUUUAAAAACAUACUACUCCUUCGGCAAGGAAGAUGGCUCCCAAGAAAAUGGUGCCCUAACUUUUCAUCUGCAAAAAUUCCACAAAACUUUCACAAUGGAUGGCAUUAAAGGAGACACUCUGAUUGAUAUUGGAAGCGGGCCCACUAUCUACCAAUUUCUCUCUUCCUGCGGGUCCUUCCGAGAGAUCAUUGCCACAGAUUACACUGACCAGAACAGGAAUGAGAUUAAGAGGUGGUUGAAGAAGGACCCAGAAGCUUUCGAUUGGAGCCAGGCUCUGAAAUAUGUGUGUGAGCUGGAGGGAGACAGAGAGAAAUGGGUAGAAAAGGAAGAGAAGGUACGAAGCACCGUCCGGCGAGUGCUGAAAUGUGACGUGACCCAAGUCAACCCUCUGGCUCCGCUGGUGGUGGCCCAAGUCAGCUGCCUGACUUCUGCAUUUUGCCUGGAUGUUGCGUGCAAAGACCUGACUGCCUACCGUGCUGCCUUGAGGAACAUCGGCUCCCUUGUAAAGCCCGGAGGGCACCUCGUGCUCCUGGUAGCUCUCAGAGGAAACGUCUACAUGGUUGGCCAGCACCCAUUCUUCUGCCUUUACCUUGAGCAGGAAACUGUAGACAGCGCAGUGACAGAGGCAGGCUUUGAUAUCUUAUGGUCUGAAGGGACCAAAAAUAGCUAUCCACCAACACAUUGUGAUGCCAAGGACAUCUAUUUCCUAGUUGCCCAGAAACGUAUCAAGGUGUAGGUGCUUGUGGGAAAUGACAGGAGCCCAAAGGAAAGCAAUAAUCUUACAAUGUCCAGACCGGGCCCACACAUGCAGGUCAGUGUUUCCAGUGAAAAUAGGGAUAUCCUAUUAGGGCGUGCCAUUUAAGGACGAUUUUUUUUUAAUUUGCUCAAUGAGGGGUUCUAAAAAUAUGUUAUUGCACAUGAGGAAUCCAAAUCUGCAAUUAUUUUUAUGAUUGGUUGAUGUUUAGCUUGGUAAAUUGAGAUCUGUUUGAAAUAUACUAAAAAAAGGCCGAAAACUCGCAUUUUGAAGCGAAGCUAAAGUUUUUAAUCAUUUUUAUACAAGGGAAAAUAUAAAGAAAUUUUGUUUCCAGCUGUAACAACAUAUCAUUACUUUAUCUUAGGCAUCCCCAAACUGCGGCCCUCCAGAUGUUUUGCCUACAACUCCCAUGAUCCCUAGCUAAGAGGACCAGUGGUCAGGGAUGAUGGGGAUUGUAGUCCAAAACAUCUGGAGGGCCGAAGUUUGGGGAUGCCUGCUUUAUCUUAUAACGUCCUAUUAUAGUAAUAAUAAUAAUAAUAAAUUAACAACUUCAAGGGCUGGUGUCACAUGAUCAUGUAUCUGCUGAGGGCCCACAUCUGAGUAGGAGAGCCACUGGCAGAAGCCCCCUGGACCAUGCUCUUCAAAAGAACUGUACACUGUUAAAAUUUGAUUCCUGUAGAAUCUAAAGGCCUGCUCUUGAUCCUCACAAAGAUGGUGUCAGACUUAGAGAAACCAUAUUCCAUGCAGGUCAAGACUUCUGUUCAUUUAAUGGUUCUGAAGCAGGAGAAUAUAUAGUAUUUCCAUCCUCCCAUCACUGUGAUAAGCAUAGUGCUUAUUAUCCAUGCUACUAUUGAAGGAACUAAAAUCUUGUCUUUCUUAAAAUGUGGCAAUCCUUCUCUUAAGAUUGUCCAACAGCCUGAAUCCUACACUAUCAGAAUGCUGUUUUUGCACCCCCAAUUUAUCCAAUAAGGAAAGACCGUCACUCGACUGAACUUUGGUAGCUCUACUUUACAGUGUAUUUUUAACACCUCCAAGUAGUUUAUCCAGUCCUCUGCAUAGACUUCAUUAUCGUGUUUAUCAUCAUAGCUAUUCUUCAAAGAAAACAUGCUUUUCUCCUUCAUGGGAAUAAAAUUCUGUUUGCAAA